AUUAACGAAUGCUAGGAAGUCGAAGAGUUCGUUCUCACGAAUCAUCACUUACUAAUUUAGAUAUUUACAAUCCCAAUUCUCCAGUUAGAAUUCAACAGCAUAUCGACCAUCAUCUAUUUAAAACUCAAAAAUGUUAGAUUCAACAUCAGAUUAACUAAAAAAAGUAUUGCCCAUUUUUUCAUGACGAAACUGAUAGGAGAAGAGAUCUCAAAUAUUGUUCAUAUAAGUAAUUUAAAUGUGAAUAUUUAUUUUCAGAUGCCAAUUAUGCCCGCAAGCUGACAAUUGUCCAUAAGGCGAUGAAUGUCAAUUUGCUCACAAUAAAGUGGAGCAAGUGUACCAUCCCAACAGAUACAAGACCAAAUAUUGCACUCACAUAAAGGAAUGUGAUUAUGGAGUAUAUUGUUCAUUUGCUCAUAAUGAUCAAGAAUUGAUCAUUCCAGUUAAGUUGGAUGGAAUGGUUCAAGACAAAAACUUCUGGAUGUUUUAAUACAAAACUGUUUGGUGUCCUCUUACAAUCAAGUAACAUCUUAAUCUUAAAAACCAUUUUUAGUCAUGACAGGGCUUCCUGUGUUUAUGCUCAUAACGCUUAGGACUUUCGAAGAGAUCCAAGGAAGUUAUAGCCAAAGGAAUGUCCACAUUGGAAUAAAACCAAUCAGAUUUUAAAUUAUGAUAAAGGAGGAUGUCCAGAUUAAGAAGACUGCAAAUAUUGUCAUGGAUGGAAAGAAUUUGAAUAUCAUCCUCUAAUUUAUAAAACUAAGCCAUGCACCUAGUCUAAUUGCACUAAGAAGUUAGGUGAAUGUGCAUUCUACCAUUCCGAUCAAGAGAGAAGGUACAAUUUUCAGUUAAAUUUUGUUAGAGUUCGUAAGUAAUUGCCUGAUAACUCUUGGGUCAUAGAAGAACCAAAUGUUCACAUUGAAGCAAAAAGACAACCAUACAAGCCCACAUCAAAUUAUCUAGGUCCGAUAAUCCCCAAUUACAUUCCUCAAGAUUAUAUGAGCAAAGAGAAAUUGGAAAUUGGAUAACCGUUUUGUUAAUAAUCCAUAACAAAUACAAAGACAUCUGACUCUAAUUCAAGGAGAGGCUCUGAUUUUUCAGACGGAUCCAAAAUGUAAAAGAAAAAGCAUAAUGCCCAAUAACAAUUCUAAUCUUAAAAGAAACAUCGAACAGCACCUACUACGCCAGAUUAAAAGCAGUUGCAUAUAAUGGGCAACAAUUAUACUAUGAAAGUUUAAUAAACUGUUUAAAGUAAUUCCCAUCUUACUUACUCAAAAAAACUUUAUGAAGAAAUUCUUAAAUUAAACGAAGUAAAUUUAAUUACAAUAUUCAUUUUUAGGGAGAAUGUAUAUAUAAGAUUUUGCAAGGAUUAAAAAUAUCUGAAUCGAAGUUGAUGCAAAUGGGAGAUUAGCAAAUUAAAUAACUGAAUCUCAGUGAAUAAUAGAUUACAUAACUUACCUCAGCUUUAGCUGCAAUUAAAAUAGAGAAAAAAUACGAUGAGCACUGUGGUGAUGAACUUCUUAGUUUGAUAUCAAACUAAGGCAAAUUUUGAAAUUUUCAAUACGCA